GAGGAGCGAGUGGAAGCUUGGAAUUCCUUGUUUAGAACUUACGGUCUCCUUUGUUAUUCGCCCUCGGGAAGAUUCUAGACUUGCCUACAGCUAGCUGUUAGUCAAAGCAACCUACAAAAGACCUUCCCGCCUCCUGAUCAGGUGACUUCAUUGCCUAGCAACAGGACGCUUUGCUGCAGCAGGCACAGACUUGACCAGGGCUAGUUUCCUGCGGGAAGCCAAAUGUCUGAAGAAAAACCUCAAGAAUGUGCGGAGGAGCUGGAGCCGGGGGAGCCCAAGGCUAAGCCCGCCCUAGAGGAGCCGGAGCCGGGGGAGCCCAAGGCUAAGCCCGCCCCAGAGAAGACCAGCGACUACUACCGCAUUAGCGAGAAGCUCCCAGUCAGGUUCAACAACCCGGGGUGGUUUCAUGGCUACGGGACCAGGGAAGCUGUUUCCAUGUACAGGACCAGUAACCAAACGUACGGGAGCAGAGCCCCCACCGUGCAUGAGAUGCCGAAAGUAUUUUAUCCAUCUUCAAAUAAGUUUUCCAGACAACACGCAGCUUUUGGAAUGUUCCAGAGUCAUAAUAUUAAUGUCACCCUGGAGAAGAGCUUAGUGACCGGGCCUGACAAUCACAUCACCCACUAUGACCGCUUGAACUUUCACCCCAGUUACAAUGUCAACAGGCCGUCCAUCUGUGACUAAGGGAGCUGGGUUCCUGUCCUCGGGGCUCUCCUGACUCAGGGCUGCUUUGGGGAGCAUGGAUGCCCUUGAUCCUUGACAGGUGACCUAUUCUAAAGGCUUGGAUCUCACUGCCUUCUCAGAAAACACUUUUCUUUUCCAGGGGAGAAAAAUGUGCAAAUAGAGCCAUAAUAUCUUGUGUUCUGCAUUUCACACAGGAAAGAUGCUGACAGCAUCUUUGUUUUAUUAAAAAGUUGC